AUGCCCCACGUACUUGCAGCACGCACAUCAGAGAAUCCCAACAGUGAUCAGGUCCAGGAGUUCCUCCUGACAUCCUUCCCGAACGUCGAAUACCUCAACACUGAUAUUAAGACACUGCAGGUCCUCACCGGCUCCCCAAACAACCACGUCGGUCACCGCGGCAGGCCCAUCUUCCCGAAACUGCGCUGUGUGAGAGUCGAUAGCCUUGCCAACGCUGACGGAGCUAGGAGUGCGGUUCGUGACGCAUGUAUUGAGUCAGUAUGCACCCAGUUCUUCGAGGAGAGAGCCAGGGUUGGGUAUCCCGUACGGACGUUUGACUUGAGCAAGUGCGAUGAAAUCGUUCCGCUGGCGGCGUUGGAUGGUGUCGUGGGGUUAAGAGUUAUGUGGACGUCGGAUAGCGGUGAUAUGGAUGAGUACCGGUACGGAGAUGGGGAGGCGGAGCGGCUCGUUCAUGAGACAUGGAGUACAGAGGCGAGUGGUGGGCUUCCAGAAAGUACAUAG